AUGGCAUCUGGACGAGGACAUGGAGGUAUGUCAUUAAGUAUGAAGCUCAUUCGAUUGUUAAUUGUUCUCUUCAAUUUGAUGUUUGUCAUCAUCGGUGGAUUAUUACUUGCAAUUGGCAUUUUUGUGAUGAAAGAUCCUAAGUUGCAACAGUUACGUCCUUUACUCAAUCCCGAUGUCACAGCAAAAUAUUCGCAGAGUUUAUCAAACAUUGAUAUUUUUGCUGUCGUAUUGAUUGUUAUCGGUGGAAUUCUGUUGGCCAUCGGAUUUCUUGGUUGUUGCGGCGCAGUAAAAGGUUUUCGAUUUUUACAUCUUCUCUAUGCUAUCAUCAUCGGUGGAAUUAUUCUCGCUGAAAUCGCAUUCGUUGUUGUUUAUAUCGUCUAUCAAAGCCGUUUUAAAGCAGAAUUUGUCACCAAACUUCAAGAAUCAAUUGUCAAAUAUUAUGUUGGAACACCAAUCAAUAAUUCAACGUCAUCUAACCCUCUGUCACUUUCAUGGGAUAUUGUACAAUUCAACCUUCAUUGUUGUGGAGCAAUGAGUAAAGCCGAUUAUGCUAAUACAACAAGUUGGAACAAGAUAAAUCCAUAUCAAUCGAAUACAACUUUAGUCGUUCCAUUUACAUGCUGUCCAUUGAAUACAACAGGAAAUUGGAAUGCACUACCGACGAAUAUGAUAGAAGCAAAUACAUGUGCAACAACUGGUGUGAAUGCUUAUUCUCAAGGGUGCUAUGACAGUUUAAUUAAUCUGUUAUUCUCUUAUAAAACCUAUACGAUUAUCGCUGGUGCAAUUAUAGUUGGUGUGGAAGUGUGCGCUCUGUUAUUUGCAGUAUUAUUGUAUUGUCGUAAGGAUGGUUAUGACACUUUGUGA